UUCAAAUUUCAAUCAAAAAUUCGACAAACCCAAACCCAUAGAUUCAUAAAUUCUUAUUGUUCCCGUAAUUCCUAAAUUUACCUAAAUAUAAAGUUAUAUUAAAUAAAAAUUUCUACUUUGCCAAUUUCAUAAACACCUAUUCAAAAUGCCCCGUGGAAAGUACACUAACCACAAGGGUCGCAACCGCAAAUUUACGAGCCCCGAAGAGUUAGAAGAGCAACGGAAGCAAGAAGAGCUGAAAAAGAAGUGGAGAAAGGAACAUGGAGAUGAAAGUACAAGUGAGGAAGAGUCUGAUGGGAAUAAGUCUGGGUCAGGAAGCAGUGAUGAAAGUGAUUCAGAUGAUGAUACACCUGCAAAAGCAAAGGGUGUUUCAGGGUUAAUAGAAGUUGAAAACCCAAACCGUGUAGUUAAAAAGAAUAAGAAACUAUCCAACUUGGACAAUCUUGGAGAAGGAGAGAAACCUCAGCUUUCAAGGCGUGAACGCGAAGAAAUUGAAAGGCAGCGAGCAGCAGCAGCCUAUCAGAAAGCACACGCAGAGGGCAAAACAGAGCAGGCUAGAGCCGACCUCGCAAGGUUAGCCAUUAUUAGGCAGCAGAGGGAAGAGGCCGCCAAGAGACGCGAAGCGGAAAAGAAGGCUAAGGAUGAAACUCCAAAGAAAAGGUAAAGCAUGUCCUGGAGUUGAAACUACAUCAGUUAAUCGACGUCUCAAGAAUGACUUCCUAAAAUAUAUAUUGUAACAUGAUUUUAUAUCUCAGACAAAUUGUGUUCAUAAUUUUUAAUGCCUAAUUUUAUUUACUUAAAGCCAACUAUUCAGAAUAACAGUUUCUUUAUUUAUUAGAUGAAUUAAUGCAAGUUAAUCAAUUGAAUUAGUAAAACUUUUUAACAAUACCUAAAAAGUAUUUUGUUGAAAUUCCAUAAAAACAAGUUAACAAAAUGAUGCCGGAGUGACACAAGCAGAGUUUUGUCUGACUGAGUACACGAUUAACUGCUUAAAUUCAUUUAUUAAAAUAUGUCUGUUGAAAUACACUUGUAUCGGGUUACUGAUUACAUUUAUAGUAAUUAAACAAAUAUAUAUUAUAAACAGUUACAUAUACACUAGUAUAUUCAAUAUUUGCUGUAAUACUAAAUGGUAAUUGCUUCUCAUAAAAAAUGGCGGUAAAUAACAAAUCACAAUACAAUUUCUUUAUAUUCAUUGUCUUAGUCAACAGUAUUGGUGAAGCUUAUGGUAGUUGUGAUUUAAAUACAUACUUCUCUCUUCGGACGGUAGCUCAUGUCUGGUCAGCAAGGAAUCCUUUGGAGUGGAAUAUUUGUUUCCACCGGUUUCUGUCCAGUGCCUCUCUUAUUAUAGGAUACAGUAUUGAGGACGAUGGUCCAUUCACUUCAUCGGUACAUGUGAUUGGUGAUGAUGGUGGUCACUUGAUCCUUUGCUUUCUGUAUUACCAACCACAAUUAGUAUCUCCAACUUCUCAUUGCCUCUGCGCACAAACAUACUUAGAGAAAAUUUAUGCAAUUAAUAAUGCAAGCAAGAAGUUUUAUGCUAAUUGUUUAAAAUUAUUUUUAAUUGUAUAAUCAAGAUAAAAUGAAAAGUAAAAAGUGAAAAAAAAGGCUAGUAAAGUAUGUAAUCAUCCAUACGGGCCUUUAUUCUUACAACCGAUUAGUCUGACCGUGUCUACGCCAGCUCAACGUUGUGUGUGAUUUGUGAGAACAGUUUCUACUCGGUAUACUAUAUGUUUAAUGUAUAGAAAAGGUCCUGUUUUCUUGAGAUUUGCAAAGGGAGUGACUAGACGUAUUCUCUAUUAAUUAUGCCAUACAACUAUUAAGUAAUGAAUAUAAUAAUUGUUUAUAAUUUCCUCAAACAGCGUACAGGUUAAGUUUGGGAAUAUAAAUUUGUUCUAUCUGUAUGCUAGCGAAUUUUAUUUAUUCUCACAGAUUGUGUCAUCUUUCUAGCUCUAAUUACUGUUAGAUAGUCUCACUAGACAAUUUUUAUAUGGAAAUGUAUCUAUUUAAUAAAGUUUCGGAAAUUA